CCUGCAAUUGUAUGUCCAGAGCGUUUAGCUGCAAUUUGAGACAGUUUCAGCAAGACCUGAAACUGGCCUCCACACAGGAGAUAACGUACCCUUCACUUGUCUGGCAGAUAGUUUUUGUCUUCUGUCCAACUUUUUGAAAGAUGGAAUUUUGAAACUAUUUUCUUAAGCUCUCAGCAUUCUUAUUUUGAUCUUCCUUGCCCAGGGAACCCGGUGUUUUCUCACUGCCUGGAUUAGCACAAGCAGGACUGAUUCUUGAAGGUGUUAGGGGUUUUCUCAAAAAGCAACGAGACUUGAAGUACGAGACAAUGACUUCUGGAUUGAAGCCAAGUCUAAGGUGACUCUUGAUUUUUUUUCCAGCACCUACUAAUUUUGACCUGGAAAGUGUUUUUUUUUUCUUUCGUAUCCUAUUUAUUUCAAAUAGUGUACUGAAGUUAUAGAAAUCAGAAAAUUUCCAAACAUGAUGAGAUCAUUUUAAAAAUUAAAAGGACAGAUGGUGGAGUACACCUUUAAUCCUAGGACUUGGGAAGCAGAGGCAGGUGGGUUUAUAUAAGUUCGAGGAGAGCAUGGUCUACAGAGCAAGUUCCAGGGAAAGCCGAGGCUAUACAAGGAUAUGGAUGGUUUCUGUAUUGGGGGAGGGAUGGGGAGUGGGGAUGGGCUUUUUUUCCCCCUCACCUUAAUCUCUGGAAUUGAGAACUCCCAACAAGGAAAGACCUCAAGGACUUUGGAACUGGAAGGAAACCUCAGUUACCUGGCACUGAGCAGUCGCUAGCGGUCAUUCUCUGUUCCACUCUCCAAGAGAAAGGCGGGGGAAGGGACAGAGGAGAAUGUUUGGAAGCAGUGGUGGGAGAUAAGGAGUUGGGGUAUUCCUGGAAUUAGGGAAGAUGGGGGAACAAUAGGUAGGAGAACAAGAGAAGAGAGGGGACACCUGACAGAAGAACCUAGGGAUAAGGUAGCAGGGAUGGGACUCAGGAAACAGAAAGGUGAGGGGGCGGGGACACCUUGCAGCGGGUCACGGGGCGGGGACGCCAGGUGUAGGAGGCCCGGCGUCUGCGUGGGAGGAGCGAUCUGGAGCCGGGAGUGAUUCACCUUUCCCGGCCCUUCUGGCUCGGCUCGCCCCAACUCCGGAUCUGGGCGGAGGGGCCUUGGGGCGUGUUUCCCCACCCCUUGCGGACUUCGGAACUGACUCGGACAGACUGGCGCCGGAACAGGAGUGGUCUCUACUGGACGGCAGCUUGGUGGGUUCGGGUCCUGCAAGAAUGCGAGCCCUGUCGGCCGUGGACGCACUUGCCAGAAUGCGACCCCCUCUCCGGGACCCCAGGGCGGCGGAGGACACUCACACGGCUUUGCCAGCGCGCAAGAGCGCGGUGGAGAGACUGGCGGCCGACCGCGCCAAGUACAUUCGGAGCACGCCGGGAUCCAGCCAGGCUUCUGUCUCCGAGGGCAGGGUCCCUGAGGCCGCAGGGGUGCAGCACCGCAACCCAGUUCCUUCGGCUGUUCCUCCAGCUCCCGUAGCCCGCAGGGUUAUCCCUCGGAAGCCGCUGAGACCUGAUUCGUUGGUCAUCUACCGACAGAAAUGCGAAUUCGUCCGAGGGCCAGGAACAGACGGUUCCAGAGUUGGGACGGUGAAGAAGUUUUCCCAGGGGUCUCCCAAGGACAAAAUACCAGUGGCCCCUGAGACGACCGUGGUGUCAGGUGAGGCCAAGACGAAGGAAUCAGAGGCCACUUGGACCAAGUCCGAUCAGGCGGUAGCCACUAGUCCAGCCUCUCCGUUAUCACCUCCCAUCCCUGUAGUGGCCAUGGAGUCCCCAGGUGUGCCUUUGAAGGUGGCUUCCGAGGUUCCAGUUGCACCCUCCGCAGGGGAGCUACGGGUGUCGCGUCGUAGAGGAUUGCAGCGCUCUCAGUCAGAUCUCAGCUCCCGCUACUCGAUAGCCAGGGCCGAACCCGACAACUUCUUCCUUUAUUGCGGCCUGGAACCUGAAGUGGUGGAGGCUCUUGGGAGAGAGAACUUCUCUGCUGGGUCCGACUGUGUUACAUUCAAAGUGCGGAGCGUGAGCAUGGCUACUUCUGAUAGUAGCUUCUCCAGGCACAGCGAGGACGGGCUGCAAGAAGAGGAGCUCAUGGAGCAGAUGCCCAGCACCACCUCUGUAGUAGAAAGGAACGCCCGUAUCAUAAAGUGGCUGUUUACCUGCAAGAAGGCCAAAGAAACCCCCAGUCAGAGGUUGCAGGGACCUGCCUGAUUGACGUUUGAUCCAGGAAGCAAACUUUUCUAUGAUGAAGGGACCCUUAGAUUGAAUGGACUCCUGAGCCAUGUGUUUGGUUCUGUUGACCAGGCUUGUAUAUUAGCUAUGGUGAAGUGCUGCGGUGAAGAUGGGCUGGAAGAUAUUAGUA